UCGUUGGAGAUCAGAGUGGAAUCGCGACAAGAGUCGAGGAAAAGUGAGCGCGCAAGAGCCUCACCAGCACUAAGCGCAAUUUUUUUUCUUCCCUCUGCGCUACACUUCUCUUCCUCUCUUCCGCUCCUCCCUCGAAGAUUUUUCCUUCUUUCUCCACAUCCGUCUACCACAACUCGACUAACGCUCGUCGGUCGAUUUACUCCAGAAAUCUUCUAUCUGCAGACUUACUUCGCUCCGUACAUUCACCGCUUCCGCCAUGUCGUACGCUCUCUCCGACACCCACAAAAACAUGAUGCAAACUUCGCUCAAGGAGUCUGAUCCCGCUGUUGCUGAGAUCAUGGACGCCGAGAUCAAGCGCCAGCGCGAGUCCAUCGUGCUCAUUGCGUCCGAGAACUUCACCUCGCGCGCCGUGUUUGAUGCGCUCGGAUCGCCGAUGUCGAACAAGUACUCCGAGGGAUACCCCGGUGCCCGCUACUACGGUGGAAACCAGCACAUUGACCAGAUCGAGCGCCUGUGCCAGCAGCGUGCUCUCGAGGCCUUCCGCCUCGACUCGGCCAAGUGGGGUGUCAACGUGCAGACUCUCUCUGGCUCGCCUGCCAACCUGCAGGUCUACCAGGCGCUCAUCAAGCCGCAUGAGCGCAUCAUGGGCCUUGACUUGCCCCACGGAGGCCAUCUCUCGCACGGCUACCAGACCGACUCCAAGAAGAUCUCGGCCGUGUCUACCUACUUUGAGACCAUGCCCUACCGCGUCGACCUCGAGACCGGAAUCAUCGACUACGACAUGCUCGAGAAGACCGCCGUCUUGUUCAGACCCAAGAUCAUCGUCGCCGGUACCUCUGCCUACUGCCGUCUGAUUGACUACAAGCGUUUCCGCGAGAUCGCCGACCUCGUCGGUGCCUACCUCGUCGUCGACAUGGCUCACAUCUCUGGUUUGAUUGCCGCCGGCGUUAUCCCCUCGCCGUUUGAGUACGCCGACGUUGUCACUACGACCACGCACAAGUCGCUCCGCGGACCCCGUGGCGCGAUGAUCUUCUUCCGCCGCGGCGUGCGCUCGGUCAACCCCAAGACCGGCAAGGAGACUCCCUACGAGCUCGAGAACGCGAUCAACUUCUCGGUGUUCCCCGGCCACCAGGGCGGUCCCCACAACCACACGAUCACCGCGCUCGCGGUUGCGCUGAAGCAGGCGCAGAGUGAGGACUACAAGGCGUACCAGGCGCAGGUGCUCAAGAACGCCAAGGUGCUCGAGCAGGAGUUCAACGCCAAGGGCUACACUCUUGUGUCUGGCGGCACUGAUUCGCACAUGGUUCUCGUGAACCUGCGCGCGAAGGGCAUUGACGGUGCGCGUGUCGAGGCCGUUUGCGAGGCGAUCAACAUCGCGCUCAACAAGAACUCGAUCCCGGGCGACAAGUCUGCGCUUGUGCCUGGCGGAAUCCGCAUUGGUGCGCCGGCGAUGACCACCCGUGGUCUCGGCGAGGAGGACUUCAAGCGGAUAGUGAGCUACAUUGACCGUGCGGUGCAGAUUGCGAGCGAGAUCCAGAAGAGCCUGCCGAAGGAGGCCAACAAGUUGAAGGACUUCAAGGAGGCUGUUGUCGCUGGCAACGACGACAUCAAGGCGCUCAACGCUGAGAUUGCCGCGUGGUCGUCGCAGUUCCCGCUGCCGGUCUAAAUCAAUCUUGGUUCGAGCGAGAUUAUUAGAUACGAAAAAAGAAAAGGAAAAAGCUGUUUUGUGUGAUUAAUGGAGAGUAGUAAUAUAAACAAAAAGACUGAUCAAAUUAAAACCGGCGGAGGGAGAUAAACAGCGACGGAGGGAGACAUCAAGCGGACGUUGUGAAAGACAUUG